AUACUAAUAAAAACAAACUUUUUACCUAUUUAAUAGGCAGCAUAUUCCUUAACUUUGCACAUUCCACAGUUAACGAAUGAAAAAAGAUUUAUUUGUGCUGCGACUGGCGCGAAAAUAGUCACUGUCGUAAUUUAAAAUUAAAUAUUACUCUACUUUACAAAUAGUGGUAAAUCUUAUCACUGAGGAAAAGGAUUAGUAGAUAAUUAAAUAAUAUGCAGUAACCUUUAUCAUUGAUAGUGAAUUAUCGCUACAGUUGUGUUGUGCACGUUUAAAAUGGCUUGGACAGCGAUUAUUGCUGCUCUAAGCAUCCUUGGGCUAGUAGAAGGAUGGACCGACACAAAAAUACGUAGAUUUCCUGACAGCUUCAUGUUUGGAGUAGGCUCUGCGGCUUACCAAGUAGAAGGAGCUUGGAAUCUCGAUGGCAAAGGUGAAAGUAUAUGGGAUCGUUUUCUUCACGAGAACCCGGACUUAGUCCCGGACGGUACCAACGGAGACGUGGCCAGUGACUCCUACCACCACUAUAAGAGAGACGUGGAGAUGCUGAGGGAGAUGGGAGUGGACCAUUACCGGUUCUCUAUAUCUUGGCCAAGAGUCAUGCCAUCGGGUUUCCCCAACCAGAUAAACGAACAAGGCUUCCAAUACUACGAUAACCUUAUCAACGAGUUACUAACAUACAAAAUCGAGCCCAUGGUCACAUUGUACCACUUUGAUUUGCCCCAACGUUUGCAAGACUUGGGCGGUUGGGCCAACCCUUUAUCCAUCGGGUGGUGCGAAGACUACGCUAGGGUUGUCUUUGACAGAUACGCGAGUAAGGUCAAAUAUUGGAUCACGAUGAACCAACCCAAUUCCAUAUGUUUGGAAGGGUAUGGAGAUAGCAUUAUGGCGCCGGGCGUGGAUAUGAAAGGGAUAGCAGAUUAUAUUUGCAUCAAAAAUGUGUUGUUGGCUCAUGCAAAGGCCUAUAGGCUGUAUGAGAGAGAGUAUAAGAGCAAAUAUAAUGGUUUCGUCGGCAUAUCGGUAUCCGUGAACUGGGCCAAUCCAAUCAACAACAAGACUGAAAAUGUUCAAGCUACAGAGGAGUACAGGGAAUUCAGUAUAGGGAUGUACCUAAACCCGAUCUGGUCUCCGUACGGGGACUUCCCGCAAGUGGUGAAAGACAUCGUGGCGAAGAAAAGCUUGAAGCAAGGCUUCUUCAAGUCUCGCCUGCCGACCCUAUCUGCUGAGGAGAAGAAGCUGUUGAAAAAAUCAGCCGACUUCCUAGGCAUGAACCACUACACCACGAUGCUGGUCAAGCGUUCCUUCCAGCAGUAUCCUUCGCCGUCCUACCAGGACGAUAUCGGCGUGGAAUUCAGCCAGGAUACAAACUGGAGGGGCGCUAAGUCUUCUUGGUUGAAGAGCUACGCCUUCGGCAUAUACAAAGCGCUUCUCCACAUCAACCAAAACUACGACUACCCUCUAAUAAUCAUCACUGAACACGGGUGGUCUACCAACGCCGGUUUAUGGGACCAAAGCCGCGUGCAAUGUAUGAAGGAUUACAUGCGAGCAUUACUUCUGGCCAUGGAAGAUGGAUCUCGAGUCGCAGGAUAUACUGCUUGGAGUCUUAUGGAUAAUUUGGAGUGGGCUAGUGGCAUCAGUGAACGCUUCGGCUUAUACGAAGUGGAUUUCGAUUCGGAAGACAAGAAAAGGACAGCGAGAGAGUCUGCCCUUGUCUACAGACACAUCAUUGAGGAGAGAGUGGUCGACGAUUGGACUCCACCAAGAUUAGAUAUUGAUAUAUCGGGUAGAAGGCUAAAGAGAUCCAAGAAAAAUACCGAGUUGUAAAGAUAGGUUUAAGUGGAACCUUUACAGUCAGCAACAAAUGGUUCGUGACACCCAAAGUAGCCAAAAAGUUGACACAACCUUAUUCCAAUAAGGGUUUUCGCGAAUGAAAAAUCCGCCAGAUGGCAAUACGUAGACGCGAGGUCCAAAUGCUGCAUGAUUGGUUAUUUUUGACAUGACAUUGACAGAUAUGUCAAAAUCCACCAAUCACGCAGCAGUCAGACCCCACAUCCACGUCCCGCCAUCUAGCGGAUCUUUGAUUCGCGAAAACCCUCAUUAUAACAAAGAAGUGUUGCGAUCUUUUUGGCUACUUUGGGUGUCAUCACGAACUAUGUACGAAGUGCAAUACUAGUUCGUGACAUCACAAUAAUGGAUUAAUUUUAAUUUAGGCCCUACCUGUAGUUAAACUACCAUUGCAAAAGCCAAAAUCAGUGAUAUUUUGUACGUAAAUAUACCUACUAUUAAGUACAGGAUUUUUAUGUGAUUUUCUACUUAUAUUUUUUUUAUUCAGAAUAAUAUUAUAUUUAUUUGAUGUUGAAAUAAAAUUUAAAAAUAUACUAA